GGGAUCGCUCCGGCCCGGCCGUCACCGGCGAGCCCCGGCGCCGUGGAUCCUGCUCCCCUGUGGAUCAGAUGUCGUGAGCCGUUUCUGGGCUGAGCUGGUUUUCCAGUGCGUCAGGAAGCAUGGAGCACCAAGCAUCCAUCAUGUCCGACUGGGUGCUCCUCGGGCUGAUCGUGGCGCUGGUCAUGCUGCUGCUGCUGACCAUCUUCGGUUUCGUUGUCUACUCGGGGCUCUUCACGGAGGUGGUUGUAAGUGCUGGCUCCCCGCCUGUCAGCAACAUCACGCUGGCCUACAAGUUCAGGGUGGGCCCGUAUGGCGAAUCUGGGCAGCUCUUCACAGAUGGCUGCAGCAUCUCUUCGAAGCUCUGCUCCAUCGGUGUCUACUACGACAACCCUCACACGGUGCCUCCAGAGAAGUGCCGCUUCGCUAUAGGCCGAAUCCUGAGCGAGGGAGACGCAAAGCCAUCGGAAGAGCAGAUCAAGCGGUUCCAGAAGUAUGGCUUCAAGAUCUUCUCCUUCCCUGCUCCCAGCCACGUGGUCAUGGCGACCUUCCCGUUCACUACGCCGUUGUCCAUCCAUCUAGCAGUCAACCGUGUCCACCCAGCCCUUGACACCUACAUCAAGGAGAGGAAGCUGUGUGCCCACCCCCGGAUCGAGAUCUACAAGGAGGACCGCAUCUACUUCGUGUGUCCCCUUGCCCGCCAAGGGGACUUCUACGUGCCUGAAAUGAAAGAACUGGAGAGGAAGAGCAGGGCUGCUGCAGCUGAGGCUGAGGAUGCCCAGACAGACAUCACAGGGGCCGACACCAUGAGUGAGACGAGCUCUAUCAGCAUGGAGGCCACAACUGACAGCAGAGACACCUCAGUGGCCACCUCCAUCCUGCUGCCCUUCCCAGCCAGCCGUGGCCGGGAGGAGGCGGACAACCGCAGCGAGCACAGCUACAGCGAGUCCGGAGCCAGUGGCUCCUCCUUCGAGGAGCUGGACCUGGAGGUCACCGGGGACGGGGAGGGAGCCCCAGGCCUGCUGCCCAACAUGGGCUAUGCGGGCAACCAGGAGGUCACAGAUAAGUGGACCAAGGAGCCCAUUGCUGCUGAGAGAGGAGAAGAGUGAAGUGGAGACCUGGCUGUCUCGCCUUCCACCGGGGUCUGAGUUACUGGGAACCAGUUGCCUUUCCCACCUCCUUCCUCUCCAGCCAAGAGAUUUUGGUCGCUGACUCCCCCCGGGACCCACUCUCCCUCUUUGCAGAAAGGGUGUUUGACCGUUCUGGGGACACCGGGAG